CUAGCCUAGCCUCCCUCUCUCCGCUUACUUAAAGGAUAGCUCUUUACCACAGAGUGGCAACAGGAGCAGAAGGUGACUUAAAGAAGGUUUCCUCUCCAUCUCUAACUCCACGCUUAGCCAUGUCGAUGAUCAGACGAUCACCAGUGGUCGCAAUCAUCGUCGCAUGCGCCAUAUUUUAUGGUGUACGAUCACAGUCACUGGCGCCGGCGCCGGCGCCGGCGGGCAUGGACUGCGUGAUGGCGGUGUCGAACGCGACGGACUGCCUGACGUAUGUGCAGGCAGGCAGCAAGGCGAAGGUGCCCGACAAGAACUGCUGCCCCGAGAUCGCCUCUCUCGUCGACAACUAUCCGAUGUGCCUCUGCGAGCUCCUCGGCGGCGCCGCCAGUUCCUACGGCAUCAGCAUCGACACCGCCAGGGCCCUCAAGCUUCCCUCCGUCUGCCACGUCACCACGCCGCCGGUGAGCACUUGCUCAGCUCUUGGAAUUCCAAUUUCUAGUCCUUCCAUGGCUCCAGGAAGUAGUGAAUCUCCAUCAAGUGGAGGCCCAGAAUUACCUGCGGGAUCGGCACCCUCUUCACCUCCGACCAGCAACCAUGGCAACCCAUGUUUCAAUGGCAUCGAAUUCGUGCUCCUUGCCAGCUUUUCGUUCAUCGUCGCCGCCGUCGUCGGAAUUUUCUAAGACGGCAUGCUGAUCCAAUCAUAUGGAGGAUUUUAGGUUGCUUGGUACAAAUACAAGUCUGGAGGAUUUGAUUCAUUCUAUGCUUCAUCUGUACCUGUGCUAGUAUCAGUUUGUGUAUCAAUGUUAUGGUGGCAUAUUCAGUUUACUAUAUUAUGUUAGUGUAUUUCUUUUGUGCCAUUCCGUGACUUAUGUGCAUAUUCAAGAAAUUGAUCCUGAUGAUGCAGUUGAUAUGGAGUCAACACUGCUACUGUGUCACAAGUCUCUAUAUGCGUCCUUGUAGUUCAUUAUACGUUCAGCAACCUUGGGGUAGGCCCCUCUGUUUUUCUUUUAUGUUGGAAGCUAUAUGAUGUAUCUCUUUUUUAUCUCUCAGUCUUUAUGCUGUAAGUAUGGUUAUCAUCCUCUGUUUACUCUUUGUCAUAAUGGUGGAAUAAGCUUGCUGAUGGACUCU